AUGAAUAAUCUGGUUGCAUACGAUGCCGACAGUGAUGACGAGUCACCGCGACGACGAUCCAGUGAUGGUUUGUAUGGUUUUCAGGAAAUUUCUUAUAAACCAACAAUUUCAGCUGUAAAUUUCGCGAAAAAUGCCGAAGAGAAACGUAAAAGACGCACAUCCGACGCGUACGACGAUGAUGAGGACGUCGACGUGUCACCGCGCAGUGAGACGAGCGACGGAAUGACCGAAUUCGUGGAACCGCCGCCGCCGAAACGCGAACGCGACGAUUCCGCAUCGCCGGCCGCGUUCCGCACCCCACAAAUGGCGAUGCCGCACACGAGCUCACAGGCCUCGCUGGUCUCUUAUUCCGGCGACGGCGACGACGACGAUCAGGAGAUGAACGGAAAACUGAAUCUUUUGCCGGAAAGCACGCCCGCCUCGGAGCUCCACGAACCGGCGCCGCCGAUCCGGCAAAGCGAAGACUCGGAGAGCGACGAAGAGCAAAAAUUGAUCGAUCUGGCGAUCCGUGAGGGGAACGCGGCGAUGAGCAGACGCAACGAGCAGGAGGGAGCCGCGUCGCCGGCCGAUUCGGAGACGCCCGGACGCGAAAUGGAUUCGAUGCAAAUUCUGGAGGAGGACACGACGGAAGAGCUGCGGAUCCCACCGCCGCCCGACGUGGAGGUCAAUCCGGCGAUCGUGGCGCGAUUCGAGCACGCUUUUCGGCAAAAAGCCGGCGGAACCGAUCUGAAUCAGCAAAUCCAGGGCAACCAGCAGUACAACAACCCGAUGAGCUACACCACUUUCAUCGAGGCGUUCGAUAUCGAUGAGAAAGGCGAGUCUUCCCUAUUUUUCUCGAAAACAUUCAAAAAUUUCCAACUUUCAGGUACAAAUUUCGCGAGAAACAUCUUCGAUCCGCACUGUUUUCCGGAAAACUGCUUCUACGACGCGAUUGCCGAAGAGCAACGCAAAUUGGAGCCCGUGAAGAAGAGCAGCAAGUGA